UCCUUCAGUUGUGCUGAGCGAGCGCAGUAAACAGCAAGCUGAAAGCAGGAAGGGGAAGGAGGCAGAAAGAGAAAGAAGGAGAACGCGAAUUAUUUUAUUUUUACAUCGUUUAUUUAAUUUUAUCGGCUGCAGUUGCACACCCACGGGUGGUAUCUGUUUACAAAUCGGGGUGGGAGGGGGAAGAUUUAAGGAAGCGACGUCUCACCGGGUUUCAACACCCAGACUUUCAUGGUUCCUGUUAAGGAUUCCGUUGGCUUUCACUUGAUUAACAACUGAAGUCCUGAUCAGGAUUUUCUAUUCUUCAAUGAGGAACUACAGGCUUAUCUUCUGCCACAACCUGAAACAGCCAUAGAUGAUCAUAGAAUGCCUAUUCACAGAGAGUGAGUGGAGUUGGAGAUAAACUGUAUAUUUGGCCGUCUGUGUGCUAAAAGCAGAAACAAGCAGCUUUGCUGUGGAAGCUAUGAGGAAGAGCCUCACCCCUGCCCUUGGCUCCUGUGAUUCUCUUAACACAGCUAGAGUAUUUGGGGUUCCUCUUGAGGAACUACUCCAGGUCGGACAGCCAGGACAAGAGGUUCCCAUUCUGGUUAAACGCAUUGUAGAAUACAUUGAAGAACAUGGAGGCUUGGACCUAGAUGGCUUGUUCCUGGUGAAUGGAAAUGCAGAACGAGUAGAAUGGUUACGACAGCGAUGUGAAAGUGGGGAGGAAGUAGACCUUGAGAAGGAAGCAGAUGUGGCCUCAGCUGUCAGUCUGCUUAGGCUCUUCCUACAGGAGCUUCCUGAACCCCUGAUACCUGCUAGCCUGCAAACAAAUAUCCUUCAGCUUUAUCAAGAAUAUAGCACAGAAGAGGAGCUGACAAGAAACAUGAAAUAUUUUUUACAACAGCUCCCACAAUUUAACUACAGCCUUCUGCGCUUUCUUUGCCGCUUUUUGUCCAAUGUGGCUUCUCUACAAGAGGAAGUAUGGACUGCAGGGGGUCUUGCAGCAGUCUUUGGACCAGAUAUCUUCCAUAUUGCUACAGAUGUAGAAGAUCUUAAAGAGCAAGAACUAGUAAGCAGAGUAAUGGCUGACUUGCUAGAAAAUAAAGAAGAAUUCUUUGAUUCUGAAGAGGAAGAUUUCUCUACCAAUGACUAUAGCUCCAUAACAGAACAUCUGACAGAGUUGCUAGAUGAUGAGAAACUAGAGCCAUGUGAGGAACUACCUCAGGACAGCUCAGAAGAUUUACUGCAGAGGGACAAUGCAUGCCUCUCUGAAGCAGAACAACAUUCAACUGAGGUCACUGCAUCCUCCAGCUCUCACAUCUCUCCUCUCAGCAUUUUACCAGCGUCUGCAGAUAUAAUCGAAAGGACUAUCCGGGCUGCUGUGGAACAACAUCUCUUUGACCUGCAUAGCAGCCUUGACCAUGAGGUCCACAGUUAUACAAUCCAGGAUUCAUCAAGUCAAGAUGAAGAAAGGACACUGUAUAGGGAGAACAACACUGCAGAGAAUCCCAUCAGCCCAGAAAAGAAAAAUGAGGACAACUAUAUGGAAGUAAAUGUACUAGCUCAAGAUCUGCUUUCAAACCACAUAUUUUGCAGUUCAGUUUGUCCAGUGGUGACUGUGGAGGAAUAUGACAAGGGAACCUGGUUGACAAGAUGUUACCAAUCAAAAAUCAAGAAGCAAGCUGAAAACCUCUCCUGUUUAACUCUUGAUCAACAGGAAGAUAGUGCCAUUGAACUAAGUAGCACAGCGCUGGUUGAUGCAGAAAACAAUCUCAACAAAGCAAGACAGGAAGAAUGUAUUGUACCUGAAGACAACAGAAACUCUGAAAUAAUAACUUUUAAGUUCAUAACAAAAGAAUGCGAUAUAAAUGCAAAUUCAAAAACUGUGGAUUUACUCUGUCAAUCACUUGGCACCUCUCAUCUGGACCUGCGCAGUGUGUUUGAAGAAGUGACUCAAGAAGCGCCAUGUUCAAUCACUUUCCCCCUCAUUGACUUCAAAUCAAUGCACCUGCAGAAGGAUGGGGAAGACCCUGUGCCUGCAUUCAAGUCCUGGCAGGAGGACACAGAGUCUGGAGAGGCUCAGCUCUCUCCGCUGGCAGGACGCAUUGUUCACCAUCCUUUAGAAGAUGAUAGCCAUCCCCUUCUUGCACGCAGAUUCCUUGAAUUUGGACACAGUCAGCGUUUUCUCCAGGAUCAGGAUACAAAUUUUCCCGUGAAAUCACCACCACUUGGCAGACCUCGUCGAGCCUCAUUCAGUUCCAAAGAAGAAGGAAGGGGAGAUGCUGUUCCUGUUCAGGUUUCUAAGAAAGUUCAGAGCCUCAAAAAGAAGAUCAAACAGUUUGAGGAACAGUUUGAGAAAGACCAUAACUAUAAACCUUCACACAGUGAUAAGGCAGCUAACCCAAAGGUGUUGAAGUGGAUGACAGAGCUCACAAAGUUACGUAAACAAAUCAAAGACACCAAACAGAAGUUAUCUAAUGGGGAACUUGUACCACAGGCACGUCCCAGGAGCAACACUUUGCCAAAAAGCUUUGGUUCUACCCUCGAUCAAAAGGACCUGGAAGUGUUAACUGAAGGAGAUGAGAAAAGUCAGAAACCAACCCGCGAGGCCACUGUGGAGCUCAUCCUGUGUAGACUGAAGGACAAACGGGAAGAGGCCAAAUGGCCUGAGGAUAUUAAGAAAAUGACAAAAGAACACCUGUCAUACGAGAAGACGACACUGCAGAAGAACCUACUGUACUACGAGAGUAUUCACGGUCGGCCGGUUACUAGAGAUGAACGACUAAUUGUAAAGCCCUUGUAUGAUAGAUAUCGUCUUGUGAAACAGAUGUUGACCCGUGUCAGUAUCACACCCAUUAUUGGUUCACCGUCAACCAAGAGACGUGGUCAUAUAUUGCAGCCAAUCAUUGAAGGGGAAACUGCUCACUUUUGUGACGAAAUCAAGGAGGAAGAAGAGGAGGAAGAAGAGCUUAGUGAAAGUCCAUCAAUUAUGGUGAUGCUGGACCCAGCUAUUUAUUCUGGCUCUUUAAAAGUACAGUUAGAAAGCAAGAAGAUAGACCGGUCACUGGAACAGCGGUCAGGAAAACUACCUCUUGAUUUACAUUUGUCCAACACCAGUGGAACAUCCAUGCCAGACCUCUUGGAACAGCUAUGGAAGGCGAAAGCUGAUAAAAAGAAGUUAAGGAAAAUCAUUCGGGAAUUUGAGGACAACUUUUAUCAGCAGAAUGGCAGGAAUGUGCAAAAAGAAGAUCGCAUUCCAAUGAUGGAAGAGUACAAGGAAUACAAAAGGAUCAAAGCCAAACUACGACUGCUAGAAGUCCUGAUCAGUAAACAGGAUUCUUCGAAAUCCAUUUAAGCUCACAAAGUUCAACUCCUGGACAAUCCCAAGUGCCUCUGUGCACAUUUUUUUUUUUUUAAGUUCUGGACACCGCCAAACUGGCACCCCAUGCCAUCUUUAUCUUGGGGAAAAAUCCAGGAUGUUGAGUCCUAGCACUUAGACAUGUCUGCUGGUGUGUAGUGUUUGAGUUUUUUUUUUUUUUAAAUAAAUUUUCACUUUCACUCAUUUCGACACAAUGACCGAUCAAUCGGAAAACUGUUUUUUUGCAAACCACCAAGUGUCAGAGUCUUUAAGGAUCUCUUUUGCUAUUCUUUUUACUUUCAUUUUUUAACAUAUUUAAAGAUGCAGAAUUUUCAAGUUCAAGCUGUAAAACAUUUUAUUAGGACUGAUAAGAUUUUGAAUCUUAACUGGCAUGGCCUUUAUUGUUUCUGGAAAGCAAAGGCACUUGGAACUACUGUUGACAUUUACUGCUUGUAUUAUAAACUCAUUUUUAUACAUAUAAAUGUAUUAUAUGCGCACAAGACGGAAAGUAUGAAGAAAAAAGAUUCUAGGCCAUUUCAAAUUGGUGAUGUAAAAAUGGUCAGGAUUUCAAAAAGCUUGGCUAACCAUACUUGCAUUUUUAAGGUAGUUUAUUUUAGUUUGCUUUGUGAAAAGCUCAAACAGUUUGCACAAUGUUUUUUGAAUUCUUUUUAAAAGAAGUGUAGCAGCAGUGUGGGAAGCACAUUGGGAAAUCUGGAUACAAUUCAUUUUCAAGAUGACUGACAGAAACUUGACUUUUUUCUCAAUGUUCCAGCUUUUUAAAUAUGUGUACCUUUUUAAAGUCGUGGUUAUUGUUAAACUUUUUUGAGGAAAGUGUAGGGUUGAAAGGUCAACGUUGUUUAUGUGGACUUGACAGAGUAUCUUUUUGUGACACUUGAAUGUGGACCGGCUCACCUUGGAGUGAGGUUUUAAAUGUAGUCCAGGGGUACAGGCCAGUUUGUCUGAUGAACCUCACCCAGACAACACCUGAUGUGGUUUAAUGCAGACUCUGGUGGAAAGGCACUAGAAAAGAUUUACAUCCAAGCUGAAAGGCAAGAGUUGUUGCAUCUAACAUGCAUGAACAUAUCUACACCAAGUUUUGACCUUUUUUUUUUUUUGGGCCUGGAAAGUUGAACAUUUCCUAGCGUACAAGGCACAUGACAUAUAAGCUUUAAAUGCUAUUAUUGUUCUAAAAGAAUACUAUGAAUGUAAUGAAAUAAAUCAUCCUUGGAUGCCUGGCUUGAAAAGACAGUGGUAGUGAAGUUAUCUACAUCCAGUGUUACUGGGACAAAUCUGAGAAAAAAGAAAAAAACUCAAAACAGUUUAUAAUCUGCAGCCAAAAGGAGAGAGCAAGCGCAAGAGCCAUUUAGUCUUUAUUAUAAUACUUUGUCUUCUAUGCAAGCUAUUCUGCAAUAUGACCCCCUAAAGGUAGAAAUUGAUGAUUGCACACUUUUGGCUUGUCUCUUCCCUACUUCCUGCCAUUAGAAUACUUGAUUUAUUCUUUUUAUUUCCUCUGCCAAGUCCUAAUUAUAAUGUGCUGGACUUAUAUUUUGGGUGAGGUGCAGGUAUUGGCAAUUCUGUUUUGAAAUGCUCUGAAAGCAGAUAACUUAAAAUAUGACAGAAAGCUGAUUUUCUUUAGGCCAUGCUGCAGACAGUUUUGAAAGUUCUUUAUUUGGCCUUCUACAAUUUUAUUGUAUUAGGUAUUUGUUAGUUUUCACAUAGCCCUUGGGGUUGGUGUUGGAGCACAAGACGUCAGUGUGCCCUGGAAAGUUUAAUUCAUUCCAGCUCACCAUGGCAAACAAAUCCUGAACUGUGAUUUCUGGACACAGAAAGGCAGAAGAAACUUGUAGAAUGAGUGUAUUAGAGACCACCUUUUUUUAACUAGAUUUUCCCCUUUUCUAUUUGUUAGAAACUCUCCCGAUGGUUACUUUAUUUCCUUAACACUAGUUUGUCAGUGACUUCUCUGAGCAUUUCAUUUCUUGAUCUGCCACAGUGUUUGUAAACAUUUACAAUCUACUGGCACCUUAAAACCAAAUCAUGCCAGCUCAAAGCUUUUGGUGCCCCUUCUAAAACAGGAGCUGCUUAUUCUACAGUGUGCUUUCUUACUGAGCUGCUUAGCCACCUAAAUGAAAUCUUUGAACAAUGUCCAAUUUAUGUUUCAAGUCUGUUGUUACGUUCCUGGUGCUCUUUUAUUUUCCUUUGUGAAUAGACCUGCAUGCACUUAAUGUGGUUACUGAAUGCUAUGCUGCAUUGGCCUUUUUUUUUUUUUUUGGAUGCAUGUGUAUUGAUGUGCAUUUAAAAAAUUAAAGCAAGAUAAGCUGCACAGUAUAUGAAGCCAAACGGGGAAAAAUGGAAGGAAUAAAUAGGAAUGCCAAUUCCAAACACACAUACAUAUCUGCAGCUAUGAGUCUGUACAUGAGAAUUUCCACUGUCAUUUACUGGUAGAACAUUAACAUUACAUGUUCCUCAUAAUCCAUAACAGAAGCAGAAAAUGGACAAAAAAUGAAUGUGAUAAUGUAAAUGUGCUCAUUCAAGGAGAUGCUGGUUUAACACUAACAGAACCCCACAGAUGAGUCAUUUGGAGUUCAACUUGCAUGCCAGAUGCUGAAGACACACUGGUUAGGUGAGUUGGCACUGCACUGGUCUGGCAACUUGUCCAGAGCUGCCAGGAUAGCCGCUGGAAACCCACAACACUUGACUGGAUUAAGUGGAUUUGAGAACAUUAUGGAGUAAUUAGGCUCUAGCUGACAUUGAGAUUUUGCAGAUAUAAAGCAUGUGGUUUUGUUGUUGAUAAAAGCUCCCUAAAAUGUCCCUCCUCCCACUUAGUACACUUAACUGUCCUGUCCAAAAUUUGGCAGUGAGCUUUUGAGACGUCUUGUCCAUGGCAGAGCCCUUUUCUCAUCACUUCUUUAUUAAGAACAGGCUUGUUCACAGUCCCGACUUCUCUUGAAAUGCACACACAAGCACUUUUUUUAAAUGUAACAUGGAGACUUUGUACAAGUGGCAUAAUGGGAGAUGUCUCAGUGUGCAAGCUGGGUUUUUAUGUAGACACCUACUUUAAAAGUCAAUCAUUUUCUCCUUCUCCAAACCCCCCCAACAGCAGCAGCUUGUUGUAUUGAGCACCAUGAGUGUUUUAUAUUGUUGCUUCUACCAGCCAAGCAACCCCCCCAUAUGCCAAAACUGCUGGCUACCAACUGUGACUAGAAACACUGCAACCUAAUAGACUGCAUGGGUAUGGGCUACUUUAAAGCGUGCCACCUGUUCUACAGCUCCUAGUAGAGCUCCUUAUAAGAGUGUUGUUGUAAUUGUAUUGCUGCAGCAUGGACAUAAGGUUUAAUGAAAUUUACAUUUUUGCUUUUCCUGAUUAUACUUUUCAAAUUGUUCUUUCACAAUAAAUGACAAAAAACAUCAA